GACUCUAUCAGAAAGGAGAGGAAAAAGGGUAUCAAGAGGGGUCCUUACAAGCGUAAGCAACAAACAGAAGGAGGAGCAGCUAGUUCAAAUAUUGUUAACACAACUUCGACUCCUGAUGCUGUUCCUUCAACCGCUCCAGUAAUGCCUCCUGCCAUUCCUAACGGUGGCGUCUCCAUGCCUUUCAAUCACCCUAUACCGGUUAACUUACCAUUGGCCGCAUUGCAAUUCCAUUCUGCAGGAGCACCUAUAAAUGUUUCUACUCCAGAAGGUUUAGGACAAUUUAUAAUGAUUCCCGCAAAUAAUGGAGCCAUGCCUUAUUAUCUUCUUGUUCCAUCGUCUCAUUAUCCACAACAAUCUUCUGCAGCAAACCAGAAACAGGAAAUAUCGAUUACCACCAAUCAGCCACAACAAUCUGUUACCAAUGAUCAAAAGCAAGUAUCUAUUCCUUCAUCAGGAUCACAUUUAUCACAAGAUUUGCAAUCCUUGACUCAGAGUGAAAAUAGUUCAAAAGAAAGAGCUGAGGAAUCUAAAGCAAACGAACAUACGGAUAAAAAGGCAUCUACUAAACCAACGAAUGAAAAGGAUGAUGAUGAUGAACCUAAAGAUGGACAAGGAUCAAAUUUAUCGGUACUUUCUCUCGUAUGUAGUGAAAUGUUGGAUAAAUCUCAUGAGCCAUCUAAACAAAAAGGGAAAAAAUCAAUGGAAAGACAACCUACAAUCGACAACGAAUCACCGAAGGAUAAAUCAUCACCAAAAGGUUCAAAUGGUAGUACAACGCCUAAUAUUGAAAAGAUUCACAGUGCUGUGAUAAAUGGAAAUGGAGAACAAACUUUAGAGACAAAAGAGUCGUCGAGUACUCCAAAUGUUAAAGAAAGCAAAAUCACUCGUGGUGAAAAUAACGUUAACCGACAAGAAUCAAAAAAAGGAAAUUUUGUUUCAUUGACUGAACAGUCUUCUGGUGUAACACCUAUGCAAACUGACGUAGAAUCACAACCUCCGACAUUUACAAUUCCUCCGGCCUGCAGUCCACUAGUUUUUUCAAUUCCAGCAAAUUCUUAUCCGGUUGCACCAACUCAAGUUGUUCCAAUUAAACGUGAGAUGGCAUUUAGUGGAGUUAACGCUUCAGCAGAUUUUAAACGUGCUAGGCAUUCUUUAAUUAACGAUGCGGCGCAAGGGCAAUUUCAACUGGAACAGUCAUCAUUUUCUCAACAGCAAGUGCCUAUGACGCAACAGUACUAUGUUCCCGGAGUUCAAAAUGGUCCAAAUUAUCUUCAGCCACCUCCGAAUCAUCCGAAUCAGCAACCCAGAAAUCCGAUCGAAUCAUAUGAAGGUCAAGGAACACUCUUUGCAGGAGCAAGAUUUAUAGAUCCAAGGUUACCGUCUCCGACUUCCUUCUCAUAUGUUUAUAAUCCUGCUAUGGGUAAUAAUCAUGUUCUUCAAUCCGAAGUCGAUG